AUGGAGUAUGUGAUAGGCGCGGAUCCCUGGCCGCGCUCCCACCACGAUCUGAUACAGCACUACAACCAGCAAUACGACGCAUCCAUAGCAUCUGGUACAUUCGACCCUUUCGUCUAUCCCUACGGCGCCUAUGGAGCAUUCUUGGUAAUUGUAUACCUCUUGAUACCACAUGGAAACCGACCAUGGCUCGAGAAGUGCCGGUUUCUGGUUUGGAGCAUCUUGCUUGCUUUCGCAGCGUACAGCAUCCGAUAUCAACGAGCUAGGGGAGCAGCACCAGCACUGGGUCUUGGGCUCGUUCAAGCAUGGAGUGUGGUCUAUCUUGCAUCCAUACUGGUCUGCAACGAUGCGCAGACAGACUUCCAACGGAUCGAGAGGACCAAGGGUGCCUUUGGCAGCGACCCAGCCUCGAACAAGAAAGAGAAGGAGAGUGAGAAAGCGCGAGCUGCAAGAGAACCAAGAGACCCCAGUGGCCACAUCCCGCCCGAAUCAAACGCAGGACCUCGCGACCGCCACGGCGAAUUCGCAUGGCAGCCGUACCCAUUAACCUCCUUUGUGGAGCGCGUCGACUGGGUGUGCGAUUUGUUCUGCAACUUCCGCGGCGCAGGCUGGAACUGGCGAACUUCUGCGCUGCCCCCGCCUCCAAAAUGGCUACAAGAGCAACUCCGCCGCAACUCUGGCUCCGAGCCGAAACACUCCUCACGCAUCCACGCGGGGCAGGUGAAGACGUACCCAGACCGACGGUCACUGCUGCGCGCCAAUGCAAAGACGCUGGUGAUGGGGUGUUUGGUGCUCGACGCGCUGAAAACUACUAUGAUGCACGACCCGUACUUCUGGGGCGUGACACCGCGCUCUCCACCGGCGUACUUCCCCUUUUCACUCCUCACACAGCACUGGAUGGUGCACGCAUACCGGAUGCUGCUAAGCAUGAUGCUAAUCAAGUACGCGCUGCAAACCAUCUUCGCGCUCGCGCCGCUCGUCUUCUCAGGGCUGCUGGGAUCGUACAUUGGCGCGCGCGCAGAGCCGUGGAUCUACCCGGAGACAUGGGGCGCGUUUGGCGCGGUGCUGGAUAGAGGGCUCGCCGGGUGGUGGAGCAGCUGGUGGCACCAGACGUUCCGGUUUGCGUUUUCCGCGCCCGCGCUGCGCAUCUGCGAGGCGCUGCGGCUCGAUCGAGGUGGUGUCCCCGCUAAAGCAGUCCAGCUGCUGACGGCGUUUGGGCUGUCUGGGAUCCUGCAUGCGUGUGGCACUUACACGGCUGCUGGGCCUACACGUCCGCUGUCCAAUGCCUUCUCCUUCUUCCUGCUGCAAGCGGUGGGCAUCUUUCUCGAGGUUGUUGUCUCAGGCGCGCUGAGGAAGACAGGCGUGCAGAAACAUAUGCCACGGUGGGCAAUGCGCGCGUGGACGUUUGCGUACGUGCACGUGUGGUUCUACUACACCGCGCACCUGCUGUGCGAUGACUUCGCUCUGGGCGGUGUAUGGCUAUUUGAGCCGGUCCCCGUGUCGCUGUUCAGAGGCUUGGGGUUGGGCGCCACGAGGCAGGACGGGUGGUGGUGUUGGAGCGGACAGAUUGUGAGAUGGCAUACGGGGAAGCACUGGUGGCAGAGUGGCCUUGCGUUUUGA